AUGGCAAAAGGCAGUAAGUCCCCGACGCCCGAGACACUUGUCGCUGCUCACGAGCAGCAGCAGCAGCAGCAGCAGCAGCAGGAGCAGGAGCAGGAGCAGGAGCAGGAGCAGUGGACAAAGCACUCCCCUGCAAGCGGCUCCAGAAACGCUCCCAGCGCCGCUGCACGCGCUGUCCGCUUCCUGUCGCUGGUGAAGCCCGCGAUGUGCGUGCUGCCCGAGGUGCACGCGCCCGAGCGGCGGGUGCUCUUCCGCGAGAAGGUGCUGUGGACGCUGCUGGCGCUCGCCGUCUUUCUGGUCUGCUGCCAAAUUCCGCUCUUCGGCAUCCGCGGCGGCCGCGGCGCAGACCCCUUCUACUGGAUGCGCGUCAUCCUCGCGUCGAACCGCGGGACUUUGAUGGAACUUGGCAUCUCGCCGAUCGUCACCAGCGGCAUGGUCAUGCAGCUGCUCGCGGGCUCGCGGAUCAUCCAGGUGGACCAGAGCCUCCGCGAGGACCGCGCGCUCUUCCAGGGCGCCCAGAAGCUCUUGGCGCUGCUGAUCACCAUUGGGGAGGCCGUCGCUUACGUCAUCAGCGGCAUGUACGGCCCGGUCUCGGAGCUGGGAGCGGGGAGCGCGCUGCUGAUAAUUCUGCAGCUGUUUUUCGCCGGCGUCGUCGUCAUAAUUUUGGACGAGCUGCUGCAGAAGGGCUACGGGCUGGGCAGCGGCAUUUCGCUCUUCAUCGCGACGAACAUCUGCGAAACCAUCGUCUGGAAGGUGCAGCCGCAGCCGCAGCAGCAGCAGCAGCAGCCGCAGCAGCAGCAGCAGCGUGUGCAGGCGCCGCAGCCCAGUGUGCCCCGUGCGCUGCAGGCGUUCAGCCCGACGACAAUAAAGACGGGAAAAGGCACGGAGUUCGAGGGCGCGCUGGUGGCGCUGUUCCACUGCCUGUUCACGAAAAGCUCGAACCUGGCGGCGCUGAAGGAGGCGUUCUACAGGUCGAACGCGCCCAACAUCACUUCGCUGCUGGCGACGGUGCUGGUGUUUCUGAUAGUGAUUUACUUCCAGGGCUUCCGCGUGGACCUGGCGGUGAAGUACCAGCGCGUGCGCGGGCAGCAGGGCAGCUACCCCAUCAAGCUCUUCUACACCAGCAACAUUCCCAUCAUUCUGCAGACCGCGCUGGUCUCCAACUUGUACUUCCUUUCGCAGCUGCUCUACCGCCGCUUCAAGCACAACGUGCUCGUCAACUUGCUGGGCCAGUGGCAGGAGGUGGACGCCGGCGGCCACUCCGUGCCGGUGGGGGGCAUUGCCUACUACAUCUCGCCGCCGGGGUCUUUCGGCUCCAUUCUCGAGGACCCCGUGCACAGUUUCGUGUACAUCACUUUCGUCUUGGUGUCCUGCGCCUUGUUUUCCAAGACUUGGAUCGAAGUUUCGGGCUCCAGUUCCCGGGACGUCGCCAAGCAGCUCCGCGACCAGCAAAUGGUCAUGAAGGGCUACCGCGACAGUUCCCUCGUCCAGGUCCUGAACAGGUACAUCCCCACCGCCGCCGCCUUCGGCGGCAUGUGCAUCGGCGCCCUCACCAUCAUUGCGGACUUCCUCGGCGCCAUCGGAAGCGGAACUGGCAUUCUCUUGGCAGUCACCAUCAUUUACCAGUACUACGAAAUGCUCGCCAAGGAAAAGGAACAAGAGAUACAUCUAGUUCGCCACGCAGCCUCGAGGCCUCAGUAG